GUACUGUGUAUAGUACUAUCUACCUUCGAUAAAAAGAAAAAUAGGGAGGUGUGUGUAAUUACGUAAUCAUCUGCACACGUAUCGAUCUCCAUGCCCUCCAAUGUUUUGCGUGGUUUGUACACAACAUGACGAGCUGCUCUCGCAUUGUUACCUACACAAGGCUCAUAUCUCCUAAAAACUACCUAACUUCGCUAUGGCUGAAAUGCUAAGUGCUAUCCACACUGGCCCUUGGAACAAGCCGCUAGACUGGAGCCUGAACGUCACCCAGGAUGGCGAACCUCGCGUCUUGUUCUCACGUUCAGUGCAGUCUGGACUAGCAAGCUUCCCACACGCCAUCUUCUCACUGUUUGGCAAAUUGCCCACCGAACUGCAGCUGGAUGUUCUCCGCUUCUGCGACCGGCCGACCCUCUUUCAGCUCAUGCAUGUGUCGUCUACCAUGCGAAUCGAGGCUAGAAAGCUUUUCUGGUCUGACCCAGAUGUGUGGUACCAUGUUGACGCUCCUUGGUUACUGGCUGGGGGCUUUCCAGGCCCCGCAUACCAUGCCAUGAACAUCCUGCCUUAUGUGGAGCAGAUUGAAGUCGAAUUCGACCACAUGACCUCUGUCUUGCACGACAGCGAGCCCUCGAUUGGAGAAGCACAGUCGGCGUCGUCCUGGGUCAUAGAGAAGCGUAUAUGUGACCUCUGGCGAACUUUACGGCGCCGAUUCCCUCGCGUAACCCAUGUCGUCGUGAGUGAAAGUCACCCACGAGGAGCCGAACACACCCCGCCAUGUGAGCUGAAGAUGGUGGUGCAGAUGUGCCCUCUUGGAGUCACUGUAUCCGCAUCUAUACUACAGCGGGACGACGUUAGCUGCCUACUCGAGAGAAACCUAUGGCGCCUAGCAGGCGAUGCUAGUGUUGCAGGCGAAUGGGAGAUGGUCUAUCCCGACUGGAGACGACAGAGCAUCAUUCUGCCUCCAAAAGAGUUUCGUGGUCUGGUGGGGGCGUACCAACAUAUUGACUAUCAAUUUCAGCGUUUUUGCAGCCGAAAAUGGGCCAUUCCCCUAUUAUUGAUUGAAGCGCGGGAGAGACAUCAUUUUGACGAGCGAUGCGAGCCCUUCCGUUGCUUUGAACCUACUUGUGUGAUUGGAUUUGAGCGAGCAGGAAAGUGGGCCUUGCAUGCAAUGCGGACUAGACACGAUGAGAAAGGACAGGGCACAAUCCCUCCAGAGGAAUUUAGGCAUCGUUUUGAGCAGCAUGAGGCAGAGUUAAGACGCAUGAGGAAGCGCGACAUCGAAGGGGCUUUGGAGAAGAUGUUGAGAGACUGGAGCGAGAAGACAAGUGAAGAGCAGCUUGGAGCCGAACAGGCAUUUCUCCAUCAACUCGAUCACGACCCUUUGUAUGCACAUGGAAGACCCGCCCAAGAGAGCUUGACUUGGCUUACGUAUAUUCGGGAGAUGGAACCAAAGCGAAACUAAGACGAACCCGACGCAUGGGAAGUAACGUUGCUUGACAGGCAAGGCAGGCGAAUUUGAACGACAAGAUGCUCCAGUAGUGUAGUAAUGGGAAAG